GGACGAAAUGAAAAAAUAAAAUAGAAAAAAGAAUAAGCCUCUGUUUUUUUUCUCUCUUCCUUCUCUUUUUGCUUCCACCCGCUCGCGCUUCACCACUCACUCAAUCCCACUUACGCAAUUCUCUUCUGCUGCUUCUCUGUCUUCAACCUCGUGAAAACGCUGUCGUUUUGAUUGGUAUGACGACGACGACGCCGGUCGGAGCUGCGAACUCGGCGGUGCUGGGGGAGCCCAAGGCUCAGAUUGCUAGGUAUCAUGGGCUGAGGUCAGCAAACUCGAUUGGUCUCACAAGAAGCCGACGCGCCCCGAUCUCGUCAGCUUCUUCUUCGCUCAUUCGCGCCGUCGCCACGCCUGCAAAGCCUCAAACUGCAACUGAAACGAAGCGAAGUAAGGUUGAAAUAUUCAAAGAACAGAGCAAUUACAUAAGAUACCCUCUUAACGAGGAGAUUUUGACAGAUGCCCCGAAUAUAAAUGAGGCUGCUACACAACUCAUCAAGUUCCAUGGGAGCUAUCAACAAUACAACCGAGAUGAACGUGGUGGAAGGUCCUACUCAUUUAUGCUUCGUACAAAGAACCCUUGUGGAAAAGUGUCAAACCAACUAUACUUGACCAUGGAUGAUCUUGCCGAUCAGUUUGGAAUUGGUACCCUUCGUUUGACCACAAGACAAACUUUUCAGCUCCAUGGUGUUCUGAAAAAGGACCUUAAGACUGUAAUGAGUAGCAUCAUUAAUAGCAUGGGUUCAACCCUUGGCGCCUGUGGUGAUCUUAACAGAAAUGUUCUUGCUCCUCCUGCUCCAAUACAAAGAAAAGAUUACCUUUUCGCACAGCAGACUGCAGAGAACAUUGCAGCACUGCUGACUCCUCAGUCUGGUUUUUACUAUGACGUAUGGGUGGAUGGAGAGAAGUUCUUGACAGCAGAACCUCCUGAAGUAACAAAGGCGCGCAAUGAUAAUUCGCAUGGAACAAACUUCACUGAUUCACCCGAGCCCAUUUAUGGAACUCAGUUCUUACCCAGGAAGUUUAAAAUUGCAGUUACAGUGCCAACAGACAACUCAGUGGAUAUUCUCACAAAUGAUAUCGGUGUUGUGGUUGUUACUAAUGAUGAGGGGGAGCCUCAAGGGUUCAACAUAUAUGUUGGUGGUGGUAUGGGAAGAACACAUAGGUUGGAAACCACUUUUCCCCGUUUGGCUGAACCACUGGGUUAUGUCCCCAAAGAGGAUAUCCUAUAUGCAAUUAAGGCUAUAGUUGUUACACAAAGAGAAAAUGGGAGAAGAGAUGAUCGAAAGUAUAGUAGAAUGAAAUAUUUGAUCAGCUCGUGGGGCAUUGAAAAGUUCAGAAGUGUAGUUGAACAAUAUUAUGGAAAGAAAUUUGAGCAAUUCCGCGAGUUGCCAGAGUGGGAAUUCAAAAGUCACUUGGGGUGGAACAAGCAGGGUGAUGGCAGUUAUUAUUGCGGGCUUCAUGUCGAUAAUGGUCGUAUUGGUGGAGUUAUGAAGAAGGCCUUGAGAGAGGUUAUAGAAAAGUAUAAUUUGAGCAUAAGGCUCACACCAAACCAGAACAUCAUAUUGUGUGAUAUUCGCACUGCAUGGAAACGUCCCAUCACCACAAUUCUUGCAAAGGCCGGUCUGCUGCAUCCUAGGUUCGUAGACCCCCUCAACCUAACUGCGAUGGCAUGCCCAGCCUUCCCACUGUGCCCACUGGCAAUAACUGAAGCUGAACGGGGUAUACCUGACAUUCUUAAGCGGGUUCGAGCAGUAUUUGAGAAGGUUGGUCUGAAAUACAAUGAAUCUGUAGUUAUAAGGGUGACUGGCUGCCCUAAUGGAUGUGCUAGGCCUUACAUGGCUGAACUUGGACUAGUUGGUGAUGGGCCCAAUAGCUAUCAGAUCUGGCUUGGAGGAACACCCAAUCAAACCUCAAUAGCAAGAAGCUUCAUGAACAAGGUCAAGGUUCAAGACCUGGAAAAAGUUUUGGAACCUUUGUUUUAUUAUUGGAGACGUAAACGACAAUCUAAAGAGUCCUUCGGAGGCUACACAAACCGCAUGGGAUUUGAGAAACUUCAGGAGUUGGUUGACAAAUGGGAAGGUCCAGAGGUGGCACCAGCUCGUUACAACUUGAAGCUUUUUGCUGAUAAGGAGACAUAUGAAGCGGUGGAUGAACUUGCAAAGCUGCAGGAUAAGACUGCUCAUCAGUUAGCCAUGGAAGUCAUUCGCAAUUUUGUUGGUUCCCAGCAAAAUGGGAAAAGCGAAUGAGUGUGCAAAGCUGAAUCAACUUAUGAACUUGCAGUGUUGUUGCUCCCGGGCAAAGUGCCCAAGGUAAAUGAGGAACAAUGUCCCUGAUUCUCUCUCCAAGCUGUUACUUUUCGGUAACCGAAGGAACAAAUAGGAUACUGGAUUUGGUAUUAUUCUGUAUCAAGGUUUUGCGUCAUUUGAUUUUUCUUGAACCCUGAGUUUGUAUAAUUAGUUUGGAUUGUGUAUCCUAUUUGCGGCAAAAGUACUGUUCCUUAAUCAUUAUAUUUUCUUAAUAAAAUUGUAGUUUUUGGGUAUUUAGAUUA